AUGCGUGAUCAGGUCGGCAUCGACCUGGAUGGCUUCCCACUCGACCACGAGUUUCCGGAGGACUACGGGCAAGAGGAAGAGGACGAGUGCGACAUCGAAGGGGAGACUUUGUUCGAGGACGAGCUCGCCAACCAAGCCGCCGGGACGAAGCCGAAGCGCAAGAGCAAGCGGACCAAGGCAUACACGGCGGCCGAGGACAAGCUUCUUUGCGAGUGUUGGAGAGACAUUGGGCAAGACCCCAAGACGGGCACCGAACAAAAGCAUUCAACUUUUUCGAUUCGUGUCCACCGCGAGUUCCAUGAGCGCAAGAAGUUCCCGUCGUACCAAAUAGUAAGCACGCGCGGGUGGAUGUCCGUUUCGAAGCGAUGGAGGGUGAUCCAACAAGAGUGCAACAAGUUAUGUGCCACUCUUGAGAGCGUCAAGGCCCGCCCCAUGAGCGGCAUCGGCAUGCAAGACAUGGUAUGCUAG